AGGACCAUCUAUGGAAAUUUAGAUCGGUUUAGACAAACGGAGAAAAAUCACACAUCCUGAACAGAACGGUAUGAAAGUUUAUACUUGCAACUCCUCUGACCCCCAAAUCCAAAGACUUUCUCUAGUAGCUAAAGCUCUAAGAUGGGGGAUGUAUUUGUAGAAAGUAUAAUAACAUUUUAAAUGAUCCUGGGUCCCCUCUUAAUGAUGGAAAAAAAUUAGCUUGGAAUUGACUGUAUUAAAGGACAGGUGAAAAGUUUAGGGUUAACUGUUUGGGUGAAUAGUGAUGAUACAUGAUCCACUCACCUUUUCACGAAGGACAAAAGCAAAUAAUGGACUUCAGACUUAAUAACUCUAUCCUCUCUCUGGAAGAAAUCUCCCUUGUGGCCUCGAUGGGGGGGGGCGCGGGCCCCGUGGCGGGGCUGCGCAAUCGCCCGGCGGGGUCCCGGGGAAAAACCCCGAGGAGGACGGCGGGGUCCGUGUCGGACGCACGGAGCGGCAGCGGGGCCGCGCCGUGCCGGAGCUGCACGGAGCGCGCUGGGGGCUCGGCGGGGACUGCGGCUGCGCCGGCGUGGGGGUGGGCGGAAACGGAAGCGGCGUCCCCGCGGGGUCAGGCAGCAGGGCGGGCUGCCUCCCGGGGCAUGCCGGGAGCUGUAGUUUUCGCGGACUCGGCGGCCGGGCAGCAGCGUGGCUCUCGGGCGCGGCGUAGUCCUCGCUGCCGCCGCCGCGGCCCCCGGAGUCCGACCGGCUCAGACUCAGGAGCGUCGCCGGUUUCGCGUGGUUUUCCGCGGGCUUCCCGCUGCGCCCGCUCCCCGACCAGCCGUGUGGACGCGCCUCCCUGCGCGGUACUGCAGCCCGGCGUUCGCGCGCCGGCUCCGGCCCCUCCGGCGCACGCGUGGUCCCCGGGAGCCGCGUGGCGGUGCGCAGGGCGCGGGUCUCGGCGGCAGCGGGCGAGCGCCGGGACCGCGGAGGCCACGCUGUGGGUGCGGUUGUCCGUUCGUCCCCCGGGGAUGCCGUUGAAAGCAGCAGCCUCAGGCUUGCGUGGGCUGUCUCUGCCUGGCCUCCCUCUCCUCGCGGCGCGGGAGCGCAGAGGGACAGGCGGAGCGCUUACUGGCUGUGGGCAGGAGCUGGUGAAGCUGGAGAGGCCACAGAAGGGUAAAGAAGAAGAAACGGAAGGCCGACUGGCCGGCAGCUGCCUCCCGCUGCAGGCAAGAGAGAGCCUGCCUCUCCGGGUGUGGAAGGAUCCCUCCUCGUAGUCCACAGCAGGUCAGACCGCCAGGGUCCGUAUGCAUGACCGGCAGCGGGGUACGGCCACGUAGCGAGCGAGCGAGGCUACGUGUCUAGGAGGCCUCAUCUCGUAAGAGCCGUGAGACACUCGCGUGUUCCGUUAUGUGGAGGACAGCCAAGCGACUGGAGUUACAGAAGAGGAAGGGAGGAGAGAAGGAGAAAGAAGCGUCUGAGCUGGCAAGGUCUCCUGGCAGCUCCAAGAGCGAGAGCUGUGUUUUGACAGCAGUUGAUAUACAACCUUGUGGAAAGGCCAGACCGUUGCACGUAGCUGGAGCUUGUAAGGAGAAGCAGCUGAAAUCAGCCGGAGCUUCAGCGCGGAGCUGGGGCUUCAGCGAGCCAGAACUGUAGCAAGCGGGAGCUGGAACGAGGCGGGGUGUCCGCUGUCUGGAGCGUGCAUUAGCCAGAGGCGAAAGUACCUGCGGCUGUAACGAGCAGGAGCCGUGAUUAGCUGGAGCGUCCGUCGGCCGGACCGCGCUCCCAGCACGGCCGAAGGGCGGCCGGGCGCAGGCAGGGCUGUCCGCAGCAAGCAGCUCCGAGCAGCAGGGAGGCGAGCCGUCCUUCUGCCGGCGGGGAGCCCGGCCUCUUCCCUCGGGGAUGCAAUCCACGCCACGCUCCUCUCUCUGCGUGGAGGGUCUCGCCCGGUCCGU